ACCUUCUUCGGCACUAGUCGGUGUGGUCAUAAAAUACCGGGCACAGCCAGUGUAUUCAUUAACCGAUCGCAAAACAGCACAAAAACAUACGGCACCACGUGGUCCCACGUGGUGCGUCGAAAGUGGAAAUCAUGUUAAACAAAGCACAAAAGCUAGUUCUCGGAAUAGUGCUACUGGUGCUGGUCGAUAUUAUAUGGGUUUCGUCGAGCGAACUAACCAAGUUUCUGUACGAAAAUGAAAACUACGACAAGCCGUUCUUCUGCACCUAUUUCAAGGCGUCGAUGUUCACUAUAUACUUGAUAGUGCUCGGGUUGAUUGCGCCAUGGAAAGAGAGUUGUGGCCGGAAUGGAAAUUAUUCGCUGAUGGAUACAAUAGAAGAAGACGAAGGAUAUUACGCGAAUGGGACGUCCACUUUGAGCGAUUCCUCAUUCGUUCCUAUUAAAACGGACUCGCAAGUAUCCGGUACUGAGAGCGAUGACUCGAGCAUACGCAGCGUGCGCUUCAGUAAAGUGGCCGAAGUGCGCGAAAUGUCACCGCACGAAGCAUCCGAAGCGCUGAUGUCCCGAUUAUCGUAUGCUGCAAGCCUACGAGUUCACCGCCAGAAAUCGCACCACAAAACCGCCCGGACAGCUUUACUAUUUUGUGUACUGUGGUUUAUUGCCAACUAUAUGUUUCAGCUUGCACUGGAACCCAGUGAAACGGCUAUGGUAACGCUGCUCAGUUCCAGCUCGAGCUUUUUCACGCUCAUCCUAGCCGCAAUGUUUCCUUCGUCUUGUGGAGAUAAGUUUACAUUUUCGAAAUUCUUCGCCGUCCUUCUGAGCAUUGCUGGCACCGUCAUGGUUUCCUUCUCGGAGAUCGACGAACCGAAAAUGUCCCGUGGCAUCGUCCUAGCGCUGUUGAGUGCGUUCUUCUAUGCGUCCUACCUGGUUCUAGUCAAGCGUAAGAGCGACACGGAGGAAAAGAUAAGUAUUCCACUGUUUUUCGGGUUCGUCGGUUUAUGGAAUUUGCUGCUUCUGUGGCCGCUACUGUUUGUGUUGAACUUUUCUCAAUUGGAAGUGUUUGAGCUACCCACGCGACGACAGUUCAUUGUGCUCUUUCUCAACGGGCUCGUUGGCACGGUUCUUUCGGAGGCACUGUGGCUUUGGGGUUGUUUUCUAACUUCUUCGCUCAUCGGUACAGUAGCUAUUUCGUUGCAAAUCCCACUCGCCAUGGUGCUUGAUAUGGUACUCCACGGUAAAACAUACCCGUUGCUAUUCUAUCUCGGUUCGUUGCCCAUGUUUCUGUCUCUAGUGCUAGUGGCCUUCCUUGUAAAGUUUGACGACUGCGAUCCGAUACUAAAGUUUGGCAAACUGAUGUAUCGGCGGUUGUGGAAUUGUCGAAAAACAAAUAUUGUUCGGAUACCGGAUUUAGAGGAGCAGCACGAAUCCCUUAUCGAUGGUAGUCAUGAAAACUAG